AUGUCAAUCCGCCGCGAAAUCGACAAAGAUGGAGAUCUCAUUCUUGUGCUCAGCCGGCUGGGCAUAGACGAUGCCGAUGUUGCCGAAGAUGGUGAAGACGAUGUAGACGCCGACGCGAAGCUCCUGGAAUACGAGCAAUUACAGAACAAGGAAGUAAGGGUAUCUUCGAAGGUUCUGAUGCUGAACUCGCCAGUCUUCAAGGUAAUGCUGGGAGGCAAAUUCAAAGAAGGCACAGAACUAUCCAAGAGUACCGGGCUCUCACUUCCCUACAGCCUUGAUCUCCCGGAUGACGAUGCCGAGGCCAUGUCUAUUCUGAGCCAGAUUCUUCACAACGCCUAUGUCACCGAGAGACCAAGGCCCAUCGGUCUGGCGAGGCUUGCUUUUGUGUGCGACAAGUAUGAAUGCACCGGGGCACUCAAGUACUGCGGAAUGGUAUGGAUCAGGGACUGGCUCUCAGACUACGAUGAGAAUGUGCCACCAAUGGCCGACCUUUGUCACCUCUUGGUCUUUUCAUAUGUCAUAGACCUCCACCUCGAAUUCUCAGAGUUAUCGUGGAGAAUCUUUCUCCACCAUGAAGGACCAAUCUCGCGAAGCUCGGAGCAAGUUCAAGUAUUAGCAGACCAUCCUUUGCUAAGGCAUGACGUAAUUCGUCGUUGA